UAUUUUUAAGCUGAAGUUACUUUGCGACUUCUCAAAAAGUAACAAGUAAAAUAAAUAGUUGUGCCAUAACUUUUGUACUGACGAGGCUUUCAUACUAAUAUGACAUUGCGUCAUUUGAACGUAUAGGCUCAUGUGGUACAUCAAAGCUCCAGUAAUGAGAUAUGUAUGAGCGCAUAAAAAAAAGAUGUGAUACUAGCGAGGCAGCGGAUACCUCCCUAAGCCAAUCGAGAGAGGCCUCACGGGGCAGACGGGAAGCGCAGCCAAUCAGAGAAGCCGCUUCUUCACGGUGGGUUGGUCUUGCUGCUGGGUUUAUGUUAUACACAGCUGUUUUUUCUCUAUGUAAAGACUUACAGCAGAAUACGGGGAGCACAGUAGUGCCUGUUGCAUUAAAUCCACUCACGGACCCCGAACAGUGUCGAUUUGACUUUUUAUUUCCUCCACAGCGGCGUUAGUUAACGUAAUGGCGCCGAAAUGUUACACCUCUAUUUUCCAACGGCAGCAGCAGUAGUUUUAAGCCCCACUAGUUUACUUUUUGAACUUAAACCUAGCAUUUUCUUGCUAGCGGUCGGGGCUUUGUUGAGGGGCUUCAGCCGACUGUUCCUCUCACAAAUUCCCGGAAAACCAUGAGGACGGAGGAGCAACGCUGCAGGGAGGUGUGUUUGCGCCGUGCAGGACAGCAGAGCCGGGCGGCUCCGGUCACCGAGUCCCUCCACGAGCGUCUCCUUGAAUGGGGCGGAGUGUUUUGAUCCGCUCUGCCAUCCUGCCAGAAGUAUCCUCGGGAAGGAGGGAGGUGGGGGGGCAGCGGUCCUACCGGCGGGGAGGGACUCCUGGCGGCCCGGGCAGCGAGUUGAACACGAAGACAGACCGCUGUGGAUUCAUAUUUGGCUGAGAUUAUGGUUCGGGAAAGGCCCGCUGGUUCUCCAACGAAAGAAACCCCCGUGGCCCCCCUGCGGCCGCAGCGCGUGGAAACCAACGCGUCCGCGGCUUGUUGGUGAGAGUUAGCUCUCCACUUGGCCAACUCGAGAGCGGCGCUCCUCGCGCGCCUGCGCAAUUACGCACGCACCCUUUGUUGUGAAGUUUACUCUCAGGUCGAAAGUCUGCCGUUCGACAUUGCGCGCGUUGUCGAAACCGUGCGCCCGACCUCCGUUGGGAGUGGACGCGCGAGGAUGGUGGAGAGCCGCAGCAGCGUCCAGAGGGAGGGGGUGUACCGCUGGUUCUCCUCCCUCACCUCCGGCCAGAGAGCCGAGUUCCUGUGCGGCCUCCUGGACCUCUGCGUCCCCGUCGAGCUCCGCUUCCUCGGCUCCUGCUUGGAGGACUUGGCCCGCAAGGACUACCACUCCCUCCGGGAUGCGGAGAUCAAAGCCAACAACCCCGCCGACCUGUCGGGUCUCACCAACAUCACGGACGAGGUGGUGCGUAGCAAGCUGCUGGUGUCCCUCGCGCUGCUCGGCACGGACAACAGGGAGGCGGCGGGGGUCCUGUACCGGACCCUGACUCACAUCGACACGGUGAUCAAUAACUACGGGUUGGCGCUGAACGACGGCAGGACCGAAGAGCAGUUUCUGUUGCUCUUCACCAUGGCGUCCCACCACCCGGCCUUCAGCUUCCACCAGAAGCAGGUUCUGAGGCAGCAGCUCAGCCUGAUCCAGGACGUCCUGCAGGUAAGCAAGGGAGGAGGAGAGGAUCGAUCUGUGACCCACCCCUCUCAGCCACAUCACCACUGUCUCCAUCAGACCGUGUCCCUGCCACCGGCCUCAUUGUCCCCGCCUGCCUGCUCCCAAGCCUGCCGCACACAGUGCAUCUGCUGGUGCAAGAGCCAAACCAGAGAGGCCUCAGGGGACACCAUGGGACGACGAGACCGAGCGGUCAGCCAGGAGCUCACCCCUCCCCAGCCGGACCUCCCUGCCACUCCCCUUCCUCCACCAGCACCACCUCCUCCUCCUCUUCCUGCUGGACAGGUCCAGGACCCAGCAGCACCGGCCAAGAACCGCACCAAAAUGCUGAUCGAGAGGGUGGAGCUGAGAGGAGUGAGCCACACGUCCAAAGACGCCACUGAAUACGUCCUGGAGGCCAGCUGGUCCGAUGGUUACGUGUCAUCCGUGGUCCGAACUCGGCAGGAGGUGGCGGAGCUGCUCACCCAGCUGUCACAAGCAUUUCCUGAUGAUGCAGUGGAGGAAGUCCUCCCUGAGUCCAUCGAGCUGAACCCCAGCUGUCUGACAGCGCUGCCCUGUCAUGUCCUCCAGCACCACAGCGCCCAGCUGUUCUUCAGCUCUACCAGGCCUCUGUCACCCAACUGUCCUGCCACGCCGUCCUCCCCUCUCCCUCCCAUGUCCUCCCCGCCGACGGCUCCUGAAUCCCAGACCUGUCCGUUCACCUCCAGCUCUGAUCUCGACAGUAUUGUUCAGCACCGGGGAGCCAACAGGGCGUUCCACCGAGUGGCGAGCGUCCAGCCCGUCGUCAGCACCCACAGCUUUGUCUCGAUCCGCCCCUCUCCUCACCUCUCGUCCCUCCCUCCUCCUCUUCCUCCCCCCGUUCCGCCUGCCAAGCUGUCCCCCCUGACUCACCCUGUGAUAGCACAGUGCUCCUUGGCUGGCGGAUGCGACCCCCCCUCCAUCCAGCCGUAUCCCCAACACAGUCAGCCCCACCCAUACUCCCAGCACCACCUUCAUCCUCAAACCGGCGAUCAGGCCCACGCUGCCCAUUCCCAGCCGACGUCCCACUCACACUGCCACGCCCUCUCGUACCCCCAGUCCCAUUCCCUGUCUCGUUCCCAGUCCCACUCACAGGCAGCGUGCCCGUCCCAGCCCGGCGCCGCCGAGCAGAACGGCAUCCUGGACUGGCUCCGCAGACUUCGGCUCCACAAGUAUUACCCCGUCUUCAAGCAGCUCACCAUGGAGGAGUUCUUGGCGCUGACAGAGGAGGACCUGAACAAGUACGACCUGACCCAAGGAGCAAAGAAGAAACUCAGGACUCAGCUAGAGCUGCAGAAGACUCAACUCGAGCUACAGAAGGAGAUGCAGAUGGAGAAGCGUCCCUGCAGCGGCAUCGCCAGGGUGACGCCCUCCAGUCACAUGGGUUCCUCGACACAUGGCACCUCCACGGCAGGUGAAGCAGCUGGAGAGCUGCGGGUGGAGGUGGACGCCGUGGCGCACCAUCACCCCGUCUCAACCGACAGCAGCUUGUCCUCGGGCUACUCCAGCUCUCCAUGCUCCGCCCGGGGGCCCCUCUGCUGGGACUCCACCUUCGACAGGACCAGAGACAUUCACAGGCGUGUGUCAGUUCUGGACCCAGCAGAGAAGGACCGGUCCUGCCUAUUCGUCCUGAACUCCAGCUGCCCCGCAGGCUCCAGUCGCCCCACGGCCCAGGUCAUGCCCGUGCAAACCGACCCGGCUCCUCUUCACCCUCCCUCCUGCUCCUCCCGCCUCCCACUCGGCCUCCAGCAGCCCCCUUACCACCUGCAGGCCGGUUACCCCCAGACCCUGCUCUCCCCGGUCUCAAACCCGGCUCGUAUCCUGAGUUCCCCCCGUAAGCCCCGUCCCCUUCCGUUCUGCCCGGAGGACAGGACUAAGGCCCCGAGCUCGGGCCUGCCUGCAGGCGGUGCCGGCUUCCUGUCGGGGCUCGGUGGGGGGAUGGGGGUGAGGCUGGAGAACCUCUUCCCUGCGCUGAACGUGGACGGAUCCUCAGCGCCCCAGGACACUCUGGUUUGCCGCGGCCUGGCUGGAGGUGCCGUGGGUCUGAUGGUGGAAACCAGUUCUGCUUUAACUUCCACUUCCAACAGCCUCCACCACGUCUCUCACCCCCCGCUGCAGUUCCACCUCUCGUCCUCCUCCCCCCUUUCUCCAUCUGGAUACUACUCCUGCUCACCUGCGUCUUUCUCCUCGUCGUGUCCCACCACAAAAUCUGGUGGCUCUGGCAGCAGUGGCGCUGGCGGCGGCUUUGUCCCCAUGGCAACCGCAAGCACCAUUCCUGUGGCCGCGGUGCCCGGCAACACAUAUUUCCCAGCCUGUCCUCUCUCUGGCUCCCCCCCUUCACCAUGCACCGGCUCUUCGUUAGAUCAGAGCUCGGGCCACACCCCUUCCACGUGUGUUUGCAGUUCCUGCGGUUGUCGGGGUAACUGUGGCGCCUACGGGGCGUUGCCCGGGUACGCCACGGCCGGCUACCUGCAGCCGUUCUCGGCCGGCCCCUCGCUCUUCACCCUUGGUCCUCUGCUCCACCUCAGCCCGCUGAUCGCCUCGUCCAGCGUCGCCGGAAGCGCCGCUCCGUCCUUCUCCUACCCAAUGAUGGUGCCUCCACCCCUUUACCGCCACAGCCCGGUGUCACGUGACCAGCAGCAGAGCCCCGCCUUCUACCACCCUCACGGCAUCAUGGGAAAUAUUGGCCAGAAACGGACCCUGUCAUGUUACAACUGUGGCGGCAACGGACACCGAGCCGAGGAGUGCAAGCAGCCGGUGAUGGACUCAGCACAGCAAGGCUCCUUUCGACUCAAGUACACUCCUCAAUCGGACAGCAAGGACUUGGGGGACUAACCAGCGGGUUUGAGCCGUCGUACUCUCGUUCCUGGAGAGUAGAAGCCACAUCCUCUGGGGACAACGAUUUGAAGGCACAGACCCCUUGGAUCUUUUGGACGUAUUUUUACAGCAGCUUAUUUUAACAUCAAGCGUCCUGCAGGUGGUUCAUGGAGCAACCGUCUAGCAAACAACUGCUGAGCUCAUACUCAAGAUUAAGGAUUCACCAUUAGUAUUUGGGUUCUUUAGCUCUAGUGCAUUCUCAUCCAUUCUCUUUAAAGUGGGGUACAAAAAAAGGAAAGAUAAUAAUAAUAAAAAUAGACACUAAAUGUGGUACUUUUUUUACCGCUUUACAGCACUAAAGAGCUCAACAGUAAUUGCAAGAUCUUUGUUUUAAAGAGAGAAACAAAACGCCAUUUUGGUCCGUUUUAAGAUGUGGGAGUGGACCAUGAAGCAAUGUCACUUCAACCUGUCAUUGCAAGUAUAAAUCAUACGGACUUGUAGCCUUCACAGGAGCAUCCGCCAUUGUUUCUCUCAGCGCCUGUCUCAGUCUAUGUGGGAUGGUUUCGAUGUUAUGGCUACAAUUCCUACAAUACAAUAUCUGAUUCACAACGUGAACUGACGAGUUCAAUAAAGUAAUAUUUUAAUGAGCGGGUCAAUGAUAAAGAAGAUGGACCGUGCAGCAUCUAUGAUAGGAUGCACAUAGGUGGAUACACACAAUCGUUCCAGUGAGAAACACUUGUGUGAACAUGACUUUUUGUUGGAUCACAGGAAAACUCGACAGGGAACGGAACCCGAUUCACGGGAUCCAGCAGCACAGAGACCACAGCUGACAAUGCAUUCAGGUGCCUCCACUUUAUAAGUAUUUCCGAGA